CGGCGCGUGCGCGCGGGGCGGCGGGCGGAGGGGCCGUCAGGAUGUCGCGCUACGGCCGCUAUGGGGGCGAGACCAAGGUGUACGUGGGGAACCUGGGCACGGGCGCCGGCAAAGGCGAGCUGGAGAGAGCCUUCAGCUACUACGGGCCGCUGAGAACCGUGUGGAUCGCGAGGAACCCGCCGGGGUUCGCCUUCGUGGAGUUCGAAGACCCGCGGGAUGCCGAGGACGCGGUCCGCGGGCUCGAUGGGAAGGUGAUAUGUGGCUCCAGGGUUAGGGUGGAAGUGUCGACGGGGAUGCCUCGUCGCUCCCGUUACGACAGGCCUCCUGCGCGGCGCCCCUUUGACCCUAACGACAGAUGCUAUGAGUGCGGUGAGAAAGGCCACUAUGCUUACGAUUGCCACCGCUAUAGCCGCCGGAGGAGGAGCAGGUCCCGGUCUCGGUCUCGCUCCAGGUCCCGUGGAAGGAGGUAUUCUCGCUCACGCAGUCGGAGUCGCGGUAGGAGGUCUAGGUCGGUUUCCUAUCGCAGGUCCCGGUCCAUUUCUCCUCGUAGGUCUAGGUCUGUGUCCCCCCGCAGGUCCCGAUCGGCCUCCUUGAAGCGAUCGAGGUCUAGAUCAAGAUCCAGAUCUAGAUCCAGAUCUGUUACGUGGCCCCGCAGCAGGUCUAGGUCUCAUGGCAGGUCAAAAUCUGGCUCGCCAGCUAAGAGUCGAUCAAAGUCCCGGUCACCAUCUCCAAAGAGAAGUCGUUCACCAUCAGGAAGCCCACAAAGAAGUGCAAGCCCUGAAAGAAUGGAUUAAAUUUCUGCAGUUACUCUUUGAAGAAGAAAAUUAUUUUGCCUAUGAGGGAUUUUGUGGUGUCUCUGUAAAUGUCAGAAUGUAGAUAGGAGAGUAUAUCGACUGAAAGCCUGGCAUGGCCUGGGCCUGCUGAGUUAGUCACGCCGCUAGCCUAGCACGGGUCUCUUUUUAUUGUAUGAAUUAACUUCCUGUGAUAUGAAAACGUGGGACUUUUUUAUUGGCACAUUGCAAUAAAAUGUGUAUUUUUAACUAAA